CAUGUGUCAUGUGAAUAGACAUGACAAAAACAGCCCUCCUUAAAUUACUUUUGGCAAUAGUGAUCAUGUUCAUUUUAAUUUUGCCAGAAUAUUUCAAGACACCAAGAGGAGCACUUUCUAAAAGAAGCAAUUGUUAUUGAUUUUCAAAUAAAAGAUCCUUGUGUUGCCAUCUCAGAACUUCUUGAAGCCAGCAAUUGUAGCGAGUUAUAUGAGUAUAUUCCUGAUUGCGGUGAUGAGGACCAGGGAUGACACCGAUGAAAACACCUCAAACCUGAUUUUAUCUGGCUGUUGUGACUUCCUCUCUUACUUUUAAGAGCCAAACUGACAUACACUAUGUUUAUCAGCUUUCGUUUCCCUUCCAUUUCACACUUUGUGAGGGACAUGGCUGGAUCGUGAGCAGUGACAUUGAACAAAGGAUAGAGGAACUUUGAACACUCUCAAACUAUAGGAUAAACCCUGAAGAAACAUGUUGGAGCUAUCAUGCCUAGAAGUGUGUUUACAACCUAAUUUUACCCAUUUAUUCUCUUAUUUAAAUUUUUCUUUUGUGACUUUUCUGCAACCAAUAAGAGAAACUCAGACUGUUAUGGGAAUCUUUCUAAAUCACUCCAGCUUUCAAAACCUCACUGGGAUUUGCCAAGACAUCACACGUGAAUUUAAAAUGUGCUCUUCAUGUUUGGCUUGUGAGUCCAAAGGAAACAUGGAUUUUAUUUCUCAGGAACAAACAUCAAAAGUUCUUAUCAUGAGAGGAUCAGUGGAGAUGAAGACAGAUGAUUUUCAUUCACCUUGUCAACAUUUUAACUUCACUGUAGCUCCUAUGGUUGACCACUUGGAGGAAUACAAUAUUACCUAUAAACUAAAAACCCACCCUAGAAGGUCAACAAUCAAAGAGGAAGAUCCAACCAAGGAACCAUCUCUAAAUCAUACCUGUAGAAUUAUGGAAAACUUGAAUAAUUGUAUAAACAUUUCUUUGCACCUAGAAAUGGAUGCAGAAAAUGUUGUUUGUUCCAUGAAGAUCACUUGGUACAUCCUAGUUCUAUUAGUUUUUAUAUUUUUACUCAUCCUCAUUAUCCGCAAAAUACUUGAAGACCACAGGAGAGUGCAGAAGUGGCAGAGUCAUAAAUACAAACCUACAUCUCUACUUUUAAGAGGAAGUGAUUCUGAGAAACUGCGAACAUUGAAUGUGCAGGUUAUUUCAGCAGAGACCACGAAGAGGCUGCCUUUGGCUCAGGUCAAGGAUGUGCUUCCUCCAAUACCAGAGCUAGAAGUUACUUCUGUGGCACAUCAGCAAGAUCAAUAUACACGCCAGACCCAGAGGACACGGGCUAGACUGAGACAGUUCAUAUACGCUGGCCUCCCAGAGCGCUGAGCAAGGUGGACGAAUGGGGAGAGCAGAUCUGGAGAGGCUGCGGAAGGGAUCCAGCAGAUCUGGAGAGGCCACAGAAGGGAUCCAGCGUAGGUGGUUCAGUACCGCAAACUGGAAACAAGUGCUAAGAAUACCUUUGCUGUAGGACUGGAGAGAGGCAGAUCUUUGUGCUUGAUCUUGGUGCCAUCAGACCCUGCCGUUGGCUCAGACAUUCCCAGGGGGAAUCUAUCACGUAAUUGUUUUAAUGAAACAUUACUGGCUCUUAUGCUUGAUACUCCUCAUUGUGGUCCUCAUUCUAGGAUGCUCAACCUUUUACCUAAAGAGCUCGCCUCUGUUCACUCAGCAAAUACUUUUUUUUUUUUCUUUUUAGGGCCGAAUUCACGGCAUAUGGAA